AGUCCGUGGCUGCUCGCUCGACGUCGGUUGGUUCCCGCUGCUCGCUGCAUCUUCCUCCCUCAAAGACGGCGAGCAGCGAUUGCUUGGGUCUAUUUCGAAUACAGAAACAAUUUGGACCUUUUUUAAUUCAACAUUUAAGUGAUGCAUCAUGGCGUCUUGUUUUGGGAAAAUUGUCGUGGGAACUUAUGUGGAGAUAAAGCGCAGUGAUGGGCGAAUACACCAGGCCAUGGUGACCUCCCUGAACGAGGACAACGAGAGCGUCACCGUGGAGUGGAUAGAAAAUGGCGACACAAAAGGGAAAGAGAUCGACUUGGAGAGUAUAUUUGCACUAAAUGCAGAUUUGGCUCCGGAGGAGGAGAUGGCACCGAGCCCAGAUACGCCACCUCCUCCCACACCUUCGUCCGUCAAAAUCAACAAAAUCGCAAAGAAUCGGCGGACGAUCGCGCCUUCCAAGAUUGAAGCUCCAUCCAGGGAUAACCGAGUGGUGACGACCAGGGCCCGGGCAGCACAGCCUCCGCAGCCAGAGCCAGCCCCGGCCCCACCCCCCCCAGCCCAGCAGCCUGCCCAGCCUACCCCAGCUCAGACCGCCCAGCAGCUUCAGAAUGAGUCCUCACCUCGCCCUCUAACCAGAAAGGAGUUUGGACAGCUUUCGAGGCGGAAAUCGAACUGCGUGAAGGAGGUGGAGAAGCUGCAGGAGAAGAGGGAGCGACGGCGGAUCCAGCAGCAGGAGCUCAGGGAGAAGAGGGCACAGGAGGUGGAUACUACCAUCCCCAACUAUGAGAUCAUGUACAUGAUUAGAGAUUUCAGAGCCAGCCUGGAUUACCGGCCUCUGACCACCGCAGAUCUGAUUGAAGAGCACAGAAUAUGUGUUUGUGUGAGGAAACGUCCGCUCAACAAGAAGGAGUUGACCAUGAAGGACCUGGACGUGAUCACCAUUCCCAGUAAAGACGUUGUGAUGGUGCACGAACCCAAGCAGAAGGUGGACCUCACCCGCUUCCUGGAGAACCAAACGUUCCGCUUCGACUACACCUUUGAUGACAGCACCACCAACGAGAUGGUCUACAGGUUCACCGCCCGGCCGCUGGUCGAGACCAUCUUUGAGAGGGGCAUGGCCACUUGCUUUGCCUAUGGACAGACGGGAAGUGGAAAAACACAUACUAUGGGAGGCGAUUUCUCUGGAAAGAACCAGGAUUGUGCAAAGGGAGUUUAUGCAUUAGCUGCACGGGACGUGUUUGUCAUGUUGAAGAAACCCAACCACAAAAAGCUAGAUCUACAAGUGUACGCAACCUUCUUUGAAAUCUACAGCGGCAAGGUAUUCGACCUGCUGAACCAUAAGACCAAGCUGAGGGUCCUGGAGGACGGGAAACAGCAGGUCCAAGUGGUCGGCCUUCAGGAGAAGGACGUCAAAUGCACAGAAGACGUCCUCAAACUGAUAGAGAUCGGCAACAGCUGCAGAACGUCGGGGCAGACGUCGGCCAACGCCCACUCGUCGCGUAGCCACGCCGUCUUCCAGAUCAUCCUGCGACGGAAGGGCAAGAUGCACGGCAAGUUCUCCCUCAUCGACCUGGCGGGGAACGAGCGCGGCGCCGACACGUCCAGCGCCGACCGGCAGACGCGCCUGGAGGGCGCCGAGAUCAACAAGAGCCUGCUGGCGCUCAAGGAAUGCAUCAGGGCGCUGGGCCUCAACAAGCCCCACACCCCGUUCAGAGCCAGUAAACUCACACAGGUCCUCAGAGACUCCUUCAUCGGGGAGAACUCGCGCACAUGCAUGAUUGCAACCAUCUCUCCCGGUAUGACUUCCUGUGAGAAUACGCUAAACACACUACGCUACGCCAACAGAGUCAAGGAGUUCGGGAUUAGCCCCUCAGACAUCCCCUUCUCCCAGCAGGGCGGCCAGGGCAGUCGCCCUGACCACUCGCCCACCAAUACCUUUGACUAUGAUGACUUUGUCGCCACCUCCCCUAGCAGGGUGAAGGAGCUCACUGUGGACGCUAACCAGGUGAUGGAGGGGGUCCGACCCAACAUCCAUGUGGUCAACCAGAUGGAGCUGCUGGACGAGGACUGGCUGAGCAGCUCGCCCCAGAGGGACGACCUCAAACUGCUCUGUGAGCAGAACGGGGAGGAGAUGUCCCCUCAGCUGUACACCUUCCACGAGGCCGUGUCCCAGAUGGGGGAGAUGGAGGAGCAGGUCCUGGAAGACCACCGGGCUGUUUUCCAGGAGUCCAUCCGGUGGCUUGAGGAUGAGAAGGUGCUGCUGGAGAUGACAGAGGAGGUGGACUAUGACGUGGACACCUAUGCCACCCAACUGGAGCAGAUCCUAGACCAGAAGAUAGACAUUCUCACCGAACUCCGAGACAAAGUGAAGUCAUUCCGCUCAGCACUCCAGGACGAAGAGCAAGCCAGUAAGCAGAUAAAUCCCAAAAGGCCACGUGCUGUGUAGACAUGGUGGCUGAAGAGAUCUACGGGCUGCACAGACAUGUAACCACUAGAUGUUUGGCACAGCCGCCUUCCAAUGCCUCAGGACAUGGGACUUGUC